UAGUGUGGCACCUACCAUGCAAAUAUUAAAAGAAGCAAAUAUUUAUUCUGAUUUGAAUGAUGCUGAUGGAUCAAUCAAAUUAUGCAAAAGAGUCAAUGCAUUAAUUACUGCCAUGAAUAAUCGCACUCCUAAGAAUUCAUUACAGACGGGUAAUGAAAUGUAUAAGAAUAUCGAAGAUUUUUUAACAUUUUUAGUUAAAUGGGAAAAAGAAGCUAAAAUAAUGGAUUAUAGUUUUAUAACAGAGCAAACUUGUUAUGGCUUAAAAAUUUCUCUUAAAGUCACUCUUGAAAUUUGUUCUUUUUUGAUUCAUAAAUGUGGAUUUCAAUAUUUAAUGACAGCUAGAUUAAAUCAAGACAAUUUGGAGAGAUUUUUUGGAAUGAUGAGAAGUUGUUGUGGUUGCAAUGAUCAUCCUGAUUCUCAGUUAUAUAUACAAACGUAUAGAUUGAUAUCAACGUAUUCUCUAGUAAAACCUCCCAAAGGUUGUAACGUGUCUAGUGAAGAAAUAAUGAAUGUUCUUUUAAAUAUUAAAGAUAUAGCAGAUAAUAAAGAAAGAGAAGAACAAUGGAUUGCUCAGAUAGAUACUGUCCUGGACAGAGGAAGAAAUACUGACGUUUUGGCAUAUGUUCCAUCACUUUUUAAUGAUCAUAAUUCGCAUAAAUGUACUACCUCUGAUUAUGUUCUAACAUACAUUGCUGGAUAUGUGGCAAGAAAAGGAAAGAGAUUUUGUAAGGGUAUAGAUAAUAGUAAAUAUUUUAUUUGCCAAGAAUGUUUGAAAACAUUGGUUUUACAACCAAAUAAUGAAAUACCGGAAAGACAUAAAUUAAUUGAAAUAAAAUCAAAAGGAUAUUUAAUAAAUCCUUUCGUAGCCUUAUUUAAUCUGCUUUCAACUCUAGAAAAAGGAAUAAUUGAAACAACACAAUGUGGAGAAAUUAAUGCCAAUACAUUAUUUGAAAUAAUGGACUUGAUUGAUGACGAAAAAGAUCCUGUAACUCUUCUCGGCUGUGUAAAACAAUUACGAAUUUACUAAGAACAUUAUCUGUUUUUAUUUAAUAACACGAAUAUUUUUCUUAGUCAAGCAGGCGAACAGAAACGAUAAUAUUGAAAAAGAAAAAAUAAAAGAAAAAGAAAGAGUUCAAAAUUAGUUAAAGUAAACGAUUCAAAUGUUCCAAAUAUGAAUUCUCAAAUUACAGAAAUGAAUACAGUUAAAACUGUGAUACAAAUGAAAAAUUGGAAAAAUGAAAAAAAGCAGUUAAAUAAAAAUAGGGAAAUAAGAAAAGC